CCGACGUCCGGGGGAUGCGCCCGUUGACGGAGGUGUAGUUUUGCCGCGCGAGAGAUCCGUCGAGAUCGUGCGGGCAAUAAUCUGCCGGAAAAACGCGUGAAAGCAACGCGAGUCCAGUCGGAAGAAAAAGAAAACAAAAGAAGAGACAAGUGCGCGAAAAAGCAAAAAAUUUCGCGCGUACAACGCGCUGUAUCGUAUAUUGUUUUUUUUCAGUAAUGAUACAAUUGAUUCGCGACGUAAAAAUCUGUCGAUAAGAUUGUUCAAUGUUUUCUUUUUUUUUUUUUAUAUAAAUAUAGUGAAGUAAGUUUUUAAAUUACGUUUUCACCGUCAAAACGGUGAAGCCAUGUUCGGGGAUCCGGAUCGUUUCGGCACGAACAGAGUGAGCCUGACGUUUAGAUAACGAUUUACUCCCGGCGUGUGCGAGUGAUCGCUGCGAUCUCGACAAUACACUGUGUACAUUUUUGUGUAAGACAGAAAGUUAAAAGAACGAGGAAGAAAGAGAGGAAGAGUUAUGCUCCGCGUUAGCUCCUUGCCGAGUGCAAUAUAGAAGUGCAGUUGCAUUCUUUUUACGUGAUGUAUGUAAGUUGUCUCCGUGCGGAACAUGGCAGCUGGGAUUCCAAAUAAAAAUCGGUCGGGGACGCGAGCACGCGUAAAACCGGCGUUACUGCGACGUUAACGUAAACGAUAUUAUUAAAAGGACAUUUUUUGAGCAUUUUACGCAAGAAUGAGGGUGGCACGGCUAUUACUGUGCUGCGUACUUCUCGAAGACUACAGCACCAAUCUCGGCGGAACGGCAAUUACCAGUGACGCCAUGCGCCAGGACGGCCCCUCGUCCGCGACGAAUCCGACGCUAUCAGAUACGCCGAGUUUUUCCGAGCCGAUCGGCAACAAGACCGCCGCCAUUGGCAAAGAAGUCGCCCUCUCCUGCACUAUCAAGAAAGUGGGAAAUUACAAGGUGGGAUGGCUACGUGCCGAGGAUCAGACGGUGCUGUCGAUGGGCGAUCGCAGGGUCACACACUCGCCUCGAUUCUUCGUCACUUUGGAGAACGCGAAGACGAAGAACCAGACGCAGUCGCGGGAGGACGAGGAGGCCACUUGGCAGCUGCAUAUCCGGGCGUUGAAGGAGGCCGACCGUGGCUGUUACAUGUGCCAGCUCAACACCAAGCCGAUGAUAAGCCAGCUGGGAUGCGUGGAUGUCCUAGUGCCGCCUGACAUUUUGAGUUCCGGCACUUCGGACGGAGAGGUGUCCGUGCCCGAAGGCGAGAACGCGACAUUGACAUGCAAAGCAUCCGGGCGGCCACAGCCUCGCGUAUACUGGAGACGCGAGAAAAGUGAUUUCAUACUCAUGAGGGGUGUUCACGAUACGUUGAUACAAGUGGACAACCAGACCGGCGAGAAGCUAGAAUUAACCAGGGUAGACAGGAGGCAAAUGGGGGCUUAUCUUUGCAUAGCGAAAAACGAAGUGCCUCCGGCAGUCAGCAAAAGGGUUAAUCUAAAAGUAAAUUUUCCCCCGAGCGCAAAGGCACCCAACCAGCUGCUCAGCUCUCCUCUGGAUACAAACGUGUCGCUAAUCUGCUUGAUCGAAGCUUAUCCCAAGACGAUUAACUUGUGGAUGCGGAAGGAGCAAGUUAUCAUGAGCGGAGGCAGGUACGAAAUCGACGAGCGGGGAAACCCCGACGAGGAAUGGAAGACGACGAUCGUGUUGAAGAUAAGACGCUUGGAGAAAACGGAUUUGGGCGAAUACACGUGCUCGGCUUCCUCAAGUAUGGGAAAAGCCGAAGCGACCCUCCGAGUUUACGAGAUUCAGGCACCAACCGAGCCUACCCGCACCACCUCGACCAACUCGAAGCGACUGAACCGGAACAGGUCAAAGGCUGUGCAGGGCACGGCCAAUCGGAUUCCACAUCAGCAGGUGAGCACGCCGGCCAUGCAAAAGAGCACCGCCCGAUGGAUCUAUAAACACGUGACCACGACGACUACCGCGGAUCCGCGCGUAUCUCUAAUGAAGGGCAACGUAGUCAAGCAGAACCACCGCAACGACCAGAACCACCAGGAUCUCAAGGAUCGCAGCGACGCGACCGCGGUCGCGGUCGCUGGCAAGCGGGUCAUUCUACCGCUCUGCCUGAUACUAUUCUCGACAAUGGUGCGAUAAGGAACAAGACAACAAGAGUCACUAAUUCGUGAGAAAAGCUAAUAUAACGAGUCGGCAACAGAAUUGUAUUCAUCGAUCCGACAGGACGAGCAAGAGCGCGAGGAUGCUCACGGAAGAAGCCGGAUCUCCUAGCAACGCAGAAGGAAAUGAUUCUAAGACAACGACUACGAGGGUGAGCUGGCUGAGAGAAAGCGAUGGUUCGGUUUAAUUAGCCCAGAUCGAUGGUCUCGAGCGGCGAGGAAGAAAAAAAAUCGUGGGAACAUUUGGACGCUUUCACGCGCGCGAAAGAACAGAAACUACGGCAGAAGAAAAGAAUUUGAUCCGCUAAUAUGAGCGUCGCCCGAGAUAACCGCCGCGGAUUUUUACCAAAAGACGCUUACAAAUGUAUUUUUUAUGACCCUUUUAUUCGUUGCUAACGUGAAAAAAAUUCGUGAGCAAAAAAUCUGCUCUUUGAUAUGAUUAAAUAAUAUAUAACGUUAUAAUUUUACUCUUAAAACUCACUCGGGCGGUGGAGAAUGCUAUAUUAAUCCAAUAAAAGCCUCGUCAAUUUUUAAAUAUUUCUUCUUUUUUUAUUGAUUUCGAAUUUAUUGCAUCUGCAAAACUGCCGUGAAAUGUUUUAUUGUUCUUGUUAAAAAUUAAAAAUCGCAAUAAAAUCUAAAGAAUGAUGAACGAAAAAGAGAAAAAGAAGCAAUAUUUUAAAUUGCCAAAUAAAUUGACCGCUGUCCGAGAAUUAAAUACACGAGAAAAAGAUUCUGUUAAUCAAAAAUGAUCGUUUCUCUUGGAUUUUUGUAAUAUUAAUAGGUGAUAAUUUAGGCGAUUACAUAACGUUAGCGUGAAAAGCCUUACAUAUGCAGGGUGUCUAUUUCAAAUGAACUGUCGCUGUCGCCAGCGAGAAGAGAAUAAUUUCACGGAAUUGAUCGAAUUGCCAAUAGAUAUAACUUGCAACAGUGACGGUUCAAGUGAACAUCCCUUACGUUGCUAUUGAAUAUUGUCUCUUUAUCGAUUAAUCAUCACCGACGUUCUUCGGACAAUUACGCGUCGAUCAUACCCAAACGCAAGACAAAUAAUUAGCAUACUAAUUUGUAUGUAAGAGAUAAGUACGAGAUAUCUUUGUUUAUUGUGAUGUAAGAGAGUGAAUUUGAUGUAUUUGAUGACAUCUCUCUAGCGAGCGUUGUCGCGUUUCAUAUCCGAAAUAAAAAAAAUCAUAUCCGUAGCGCAUAUAAUAGCGUAUCAAAAAAAAAAAAAAAAAAUCUACUCUAGGAAAUUAUACAUAUAGACAUCACUUUGGUUACUUUGAGUAUUUUUUUAAAUUACUCGUAGACAAGAUACUGUACCUUUAUAUAUGUCGAUAAUGAAGCAAAGACCAUGUUAUAGGACUAUAAUAUAUAUAUGAAGUGGUUAAAAUUGCGAGGAAUGAGACCGAUGUGUGUAUUGCUUUCUUGAAUAAGACGCGCUCUUCUAUAUAAGUCGGCUUUCCCAUGCCAGUUUUUUGUAUAAGAUAUGCUCAGCUUCUCAUUUUGAGAAUCGCGGAUGUGUACAUUUUUCAAUAAGGAUAUAUAUAUAUACAUAUAAAUAAUAUAAAUAAUAUAAAUACUCUGGAGUAUACAAUAUACGUAUGCAUACGUUAUUUACAUAUACGCGACACAAUAAUCAGAAGUUGUUAAACAAAUAUUAAACAACCUUAUAUACGCGGUUUGAUUAUUUUCUUGACAUAGCAGUGUGUCAUUUGAUUGAUAUAUUCCUCGCAAAACUACGAACCAUAUCUUGUUCUGUAAUUAAGACAACUGUGUAAAGUGACGCAAAAAUGUCAAAGAGCGUUAAAGUUGAAAGAGAAAAAGUGAUCUGAUGAUCGUUUAAAAAAAAAAAAAAAAAAAACUUAUAAUAAAAAUCAGUGUGGAGUACAAGUCUCUUAGUUGACAUUGAGCGGUUCAUUAUCACGGAGAAGAUAGCAUAUCCCACUCGCACACACGGAGCAAAAAAUAUGUUAAAUUUACCUACAUAAUGAACUCUGUAUAUCACACAGAUGCUCAAUAUAACUCUACAAUAAUAUUAAAGAGAAUGUUGUUGUUUAUAGGAAGGAAAGAGAUAUAUUACGGGAAUACAAUGAGGAAAUGUGCUCAAAUUGGAUAAUAUAUAUAGCUUUGGGGGAAAAAAAACGUGUUGACAAAUAAAAGAAAGAAAAGAAGAACUAUCAUACAUUUAGCAAUGAUGUUCGUUUUGA